GAGAAGCGCCCUCGGAUUUGCUGUGUUGGCAGAGACCCGUAACCUGUCUGCAGUCAACAGCACCCUCCCAUCUUCACUCGUCGGAGCAACCAUGCGGGAAUGUAUCUCCAUCCAUGUCGGCCAGGCUGGAGUGCAGAUGGGCAAUGCCUGCUGGGAAUUAUACUGCUUGGAACAUGGUAUCCAACCCAAUGGUACCAUGUCCAGUGACAGGACUCUGGGGGGUGGUGAUGACUCCUUCAAUACCUUCUUCAGUGAGACUGGAGCUGGCAAGCAUGUCCCCAGAGCAGUCUUUGUAGACUUGGAGCCUGCUGUGAUAGAUGAGGUCCGGACCAGCAUCUAUAAACAGCUAUUUCAUCCUGAACAGCUGAUCUCUGGCAAGGAAGAUGCUGCCAAUAACUAUGCCCGGGGUCAUUAUACUGUUGGAAAGGAAAUAAUUGAUCUUGUAUUGGAGCGUAUCCGAAAACUGUCGGACCAAUGCACUGGACUGCAGGGAUUCCUGAUCUUCCACAGCUUUGGGGGUGGUACAGGUUCAGGCUUCACCUCUCUGCUGAUGGAGAGACUCUCUGUGGACUAUGGCAAGAAGUCCAAGCUGGAGUUUGCCAUCUACCCAGCCCCACAGGUGUCCACGGCUGUCGUGGAGCCUUAUAACUCCAUUUUAACCACUCACACCACGCUGGAGCACUCGGACUGUGCCUUCAUGGUGGACAACGAAGCCAUCUACGACAUCUGUCGCCGGAACCUGGACAUCGAGCGCCCCACCUACACCAACCUCAACCGGCUCAUCGGCCAGAUCGUCUCCUCCAUCACCGCCUCCCUGCGCUUUGAUGGCGCCCUCAAUGUGGACCUCACGGAGUUCCAGACCAACCUGGUGCCCUACCCUCGCAUCCACUUCCCGCUCGUCACCUACUCGCCCAUAGUCUCUGCUGAGAAGGCCUACCACGAGCAGCUGUCCGUUGCCGAGAUCUCCAAUGCCUGCUUUGACCCCUCCAACCAGAUGGUCAAGUGUGACCCGCGGCACGGCAAGUACAUGGCCUGUUGCAUGCUGUACCGAGGGGACGUCGUGCCCAAGGAUGUCAAUGCCGCCAUUGCCACCAUCAAGACCAAGAGGACCAUCCAGUUUGUAGACUGGUGUCCCACUGGCUUCAAGGUUGGUAUCAACUACCAGCCCCCGACGGUGGUACCUGGUGGAGACCUGGCUAAAGUGCAGCGGGCAGUGUGCAUGCUCAGUAACACUACGGCCAUUGCCGAAGCAUGGGCCCGUCUGGAUCACAAGUUUGACCUCAUGUACGCCAAGCGGGCAUUUGUGCACUGGUACGUGGGCGAAGGCAUGGAGGAAGGCGAGUUCUCCGAGGCUCGGGAAGACCUGGCUGCCCUGGAGAAGGAUUAUGAGGAAGUGGGCACAGACUCUAUAGAGGGUGAAGAUGAAAGCGAGGAGUUCUAGAAGGCAUCCAGAAUCCAAACUCGUCUCAGUGUUCAUAUCCUUCUCUUCUCGCACACUCCCCAAAAUAAAAUCUUUCUUACUAGCAAUAAA